GUAGUUGAUUUAUCCAGAUUUUGUUUUGUUUAAAUUACUAUCAUAACAAAAAGUAAUUUCUGCCGCCAUUUUACUUCAAUUGUGCCUGAAUCUUUGGAUUAUUAUAAACCUUCUGAAUCUCCGUUAGACAUACCAAGCUGACACUUUUACCUGGUUCUAAUCACGCUAAAUAUAUAUAACUCCACGUAUACACUGCACAAUAUGCAAAACUAGCUUGGUCAAAAAAAUGUCUGAAACGACUGGAAUAUUCACAAAAUAUUGUUGUAUAUCAAAACGACUAGAUGGAAAGUUGGCUAUUGUCACUGGAUCUAGUACAGGAAUAGGUUUGAUGACUGCUGGUGAAUUAGCUCGUCGUGGUGCUAAAGUGAUUAUGGCGUGCAGAAAUUUAUCGAAAGCUGAAAAUGCUAGAAAAUAUCUAUUAGACAGGUAUGGAGUUGAUAAUCCAGAUGGCAUGAAUAUUGAUAUUGCAUGUAAAGAGGUCAAAUCGUCGCUGACUUUAAUAAAACAGGAUCAAUUAAUUAUCGAACAUCUGGAUUUGGCUUCUUUAGAAUCAAUUUACAAUUUUGCAAGAAGAAUUAAUAACGCAUAUACAAACCUGGAAAUACUGAUUAAUAAUGCUGGUCUAGCCCACAGUAAAUACGAGAAGACUGUUGAUGGCUUUGAAAUGACUAUGGGUGUUAACUAUUUUGGACCUUUUCUGUUAACAGAAUUAUUGUUACCGCUGAUAAAACUUUCAGCUCCAUCGCGUAUAAUAAAUGUGUCAUCUAUGGCGCAUUAUGCUGGUCGUAUCAGCAGGCCGGAUUUACAACUUCAAGAAAGUGAAUAUGGUGAAUUGAAAGCUUACUGUCAGUCAAAGUUAGCCAAUGUCUUACAUGCUACUGAAUUAGGCGAAGCAAUGCACGGACUGGAGUCACUGUGGUUAGUCUACAUCCUGGAGCAGUGAAGACGGAACUUGAUCGAGAUACAACUUACUUGCCACUUAAAAUAUUCAUCAAGUUGACGAAACCAUUUUACAUGAAUCCCUGGCAAGGUGCACAAACAACACUAUUCACUGUUUUGUCAAAUAACUUAAAAUCUGGUGGUUAUUACUCGAACUGUUCACUGAAACAACCAUCGUCAAUUGUUGAGAAGAAAGAAGUAAGAAAGUGGUUUAGGCAGAGAACAUGUGAACUGUUAAGCAUUGCAGAUAGCGUCUAAACAAUAAGAAUUAAUAACAACAGAGACAAGAAUCAAAACCUGAGUAAUCUGUUUUCCAUGCAUGUAUUUUCUUAUUAUUACUUUUUUAGAAUAAUUCCAUACCCUUUAGUUGUCUUUAUAAAUUUUUGAGGAACAAGAACAAUAAAGAUUGUGGAGU